GAGGUGCUAAGCAUGAAAACCACAGAGGGUUAAAAUCUCCAAGCCUUUAGCCCUGCAGUCCUAGAGAAGCCCCUACAAGGAAAGCCUCUUCCUUCUCCCCACAUUUCUUUAAGGAAGCCAAAAGAAGGGUCAGUUGCCUUUGGAUCCUGCCAUUCCUCCAAAGAGCUCACAGUGGCAUAUAUGGCUUUUCUUCUCUCUGCUUUGUCCUCAUACCAGUCUGAAAGGGAGAAGUUCAAACAGAUCAUUGGGAACAUCCUUAGUUACUUGUAAAACAAUCUGCUCAUCAGGGAAUUACAAUAAGCAGGGGAGUUUACACACAGAGUUAAGCUGGGGGCUCGCCACACAAAAUCAAUGAAAAUUGCCUUAGAGCAAGGACCUUUUCUGGACCCACUGGAAGCAGUCCUUGAGCUCGGUAAAGACAAAGAUGCCCAAAGUCAAGAAGGUGAUGAACGGACGAAGAGAGCAGGAGAAGGCUCUCAUGCUAGUAAGACUGGAGGCUGUGAAGAUUCCUGGGCAAAAGACAAAGCCUGUUCAGAAGUCCAGCGCCAGCGCUUCAGAGAGCUCUGCUACCAAGAUGCCAAAGGGCCCCGGGAAGUUUGUAGCCAGCUUCACAGUCUCUGCCAUCAGUGGCUGGAGCCAGAGCAACACACAAAAAGUCAGAUCUUGGAUAUGGUGAUCCUGGAGCAGUUCCUGGCCAUCCUUCCUCCAGAGAUGCAGAGCUGGGUCAGGGAAUGUGGAGCAGAGACCAGUUCCCAGGCGGUGGCCCUGGCAGAGGGUUUUGUCCUGAGCCAGGCAAAGAACAUCAAAGUGGAAGGGGAGCAGGGGCCCAAUGUGGAAAGACCGGCUAAUUUCUCUGAAUGGGCAGUGGAGCCAACCAUCACCUUUGAGAAGCCGCUCUUUGGAAGAAUGACUCAGGAAGUUGAAGCUCCCAACACAUUGCAUGGCAAUGAAAUGACAUCACAGAUGCCUUCUAAAGCAUCACCCAUUUGGGAUGGAGCUGAUACUGCAGUUGCACAACCAGUUCAGUGUCGUGUGUCCUUUGAGGAGAUGGCUGUGCAAAUUGCAGAGGAAGAAUGUGCUCUGACAGAUCUAGACCAAAAAGCUUUAUGCAGAGCAGGCCUGGAGGAAAACACCAAGAACAUGGUUUCUCAAGAUGAUGGAUGGGACAUUAAACCAUUUGGGAAAAACAUGCAUCAGGAGAAUGAAGAGAAUCACGUAAAUCAAAAGGGACCUAGUGUGCAAGAAGGAAACCAAACAGAGAGGUGGAAUAAUAAAUUCAUCACAUCCCAGAGAGAGAUUCUGGUUCAGCACGAAAAACAGAGGGGGAAAAGAAGGAAUGUCUACCCGACAUUUGGGAAAGGUUUUAGUCACAGAUCAGACCACAGUGUCCAUUGGAGAGCACACGUAGAUGAGAAACCAUAUAAGUGCCUGGAAUGUGGAAAGAACUUCAGCCAGAUCACACAUCUUAGGUUACAUCAGAGAAUCCACACUGGGGAGAAACCAUACAAAUGCUCAAUAUGUGGGAAAAGCUUCCAUCGGAGCUUCAUUCUUACCGCCCACCAGAGAAUGCACAAAGGCGAGAAACCGUACAGUUGCACAGAGUGUGGCAAGAGCUUUUAUGACAGGUCACAUCUUAUUAGCCAUCAGAGAACUCACACUGGGGAGAAACCAUAUAAGUGUUUGCAAUGUGGAAAGAACUUCAGUCACAAGGUAAACCUGACCUCCCACCAACGAAUUCACACAGGAGAGAAACCCUACAACUGCUCAGAGUGUGGAAAGAGCUUUUGUGACAAACAGAACCUUCUGAGACACCAAAGAAUCCACACAGGAGAGAAACCGUAUAAAUGUCAGGAGUGUGGAAAGAACUUCAGGCAGCGAGCGACUCUUACUUCCCAUCAGAGAGUCCACACAGGGGAGAGACCGUACCAUUGCCUGGAGUGUGGAAAGAGCUUUUACAGAAAAGCAGAUCUGAACAGACAUCUAAGAAUUCACAGCGGGGUAGACAGGCCUAUCACUUCGUGGAGCGUGGAAAUGGCUUCAGACGGUGUGUCUGUCUUGCGUCCGAUAGAGGAAUUCUCCCAAGAAAAUCAGUCUGUAACAUCUGAAAUUAAACAUGAAGUAAAUGUUGAUGUGAUGGCCAGGAGUGCCUGUUAUCAGCUUCGACUUAUACACCAGCUCCGACCCUACCUGGACUCACGGGAGCUAGAAAUGGUUGUACAUGUGCAGUGGCUGGAUCCAGAAAGGCACUCCAAGGCUGAGAUGCUGGACCUUGUGCUCCUGGAGCAGUUUCUGAUCAUCCUUCCCCCAGAGAUGGAGAGCUGGGUUCGAGAGUGUGGAGCAGAGACCAGCUCCCAGGCAGUGGCCCUGGCAGAGGGUUUCCUCCUCAGCCAGGCAGAGGAGAAGAAACAGGUGAAGGCAGGUUCUGGGUCCACUGAGUCACUGAGACAGUCCAACAAGGCACCGAGUUCAGGGGCUCACGUACGAGGAUCACGGGGAGGUCCACCCCACACCCAUCAGGCAGAAUGUAACUUGUUAUUCUUUAAGUCGGCACAAAUGAUAGUGUGGCAGCAUAUGCCAGAAAUCUUAUCUGGGGGCAAUGCUUUAAGUUUGUUCCUUUCCCACAACUACAUCUUGACUCCCAUGUUCUUAUCUUUACCGCCUUUUCAGAGCCAUGUGUUACCUGUGAAUAAAAAUGGACUUACGGUCUUGUUUCAGGAUCUGGUGACCUUUGAGGAGGUGGCUGUGCAUUUCACAGAGGAGGAGUGGGCUCUGCUGGAUCCAGGCCAACAGACUCUACACAAGGAAGUCAUGGAGGAGACUCAUGGGAUUGUGGCCUCUCUAGGUGAUGCACAGGAGAAUGGUGAAAGGAGUGAACAGUGGAGAAGAAAUACUGAAGUAAAUCAGAAGUGGAAGAAGAUGUCUCUUGUUUCUGAAGGCACUGACUUCUCUGAAAUCCCAAAGCAAGAGGAGGUUUGUAUAAAAAAAGAAGAAAAGCUCUCCCACGGUGUAAAACGCUCGAGUAGGAUCUCAAGCCUUCGCAUACCUACAGGAGCACAUGAAGCAAAGAAGCCAUUUAAAUGUUCAGAGUGUGGAAAGAGUUUCAGUCAGAGCUGUAACCUUUUAAGCCACCAGAGAAUCCACACAGGAGAUAAACCGUAUACAUGCUCAGAGUGUGGAAGAAGCUUCAGCCAGAGCAAUAACCUUACCUGUCAUCAAAGAACCCAUUUUGCAGAUAAACCAUAUAAAUGUUUAGAGUGCGGAAAGAGUUUCACUCAGAGAGGUAGCCUUACCUAUCAUCAGAGAACUCACACAGGGGAAAAACCAUUCAAAUGUUUUGAAUGUGGAAAGAGCUUCACUUGCAGAAUAAGCCUUACCAAACAUCAGAGAAUGCACACUGGGGAAAAACCCUAUAAAUGUUCAGAGUGCGGAAAAAGCUUCAGCCAGCGAGGUAGCUUCACCUAUCAUCAAAAAAACCAUGCUGCCGAAAAGCCAUAUAAGUGCUCUGACUGUGGAAAGAGUUUCUGUUUGAGUAGCACCCUUAUUUAUCAUCAAAGAACACACACAGGUGAAAAGCCAUUUGAAUGUGCAGAGUGUGGAAAGAGCUUCAGUAGGAACACCGGUCUUACUAACCAUCAGCGACUCCAUACUGGGGAGAACCCCUAUAAAUGCUCAGACUGUGGAAAGAGCUUCAGACACAACAGUGCCCUUGCCACGCAUCAGAGGACCCACACAGGAGAGGCACCCUACAAAUGCUCAGAGUGUGGGAAAGGCUUCAGCCAGAGCAGUGCCCUUACUACUCAUCAAAGAAUCCACACAGGAGAAAAACCAUACAGAUGCUCAGUGUGUGGAAAGAGUUUCCGCUGGAGUAGUAACCUUACUUCUCAUCAAAGAACUCACACCAGGGAGAAACCCUGGAAAUGUUCUGAAUGUGGAAAGAAUUUCAGUUCUCUCCAGAGCUUGGAUAUACACCACAGAUUGCACAGUGGUGAAAAGCAAUCUAAGUCAUUAGCAGCUGUGCCAUGCCUGCCCUUCCUGUAUCAGAAGAGAUCUCCAUCUUCCACAAUUUACCGAAGAAAGAGAGGCACGUCGUGUUUGAAAAGCAAAUUCCUGCUCAAUGAUGGAUUUGAUAACCGAGUAAGGAGAUCCUUUGAGUCCUUCACAAGGCACAGAUCUAAGGUGGAAAAGCCAAACUCCACUGGUCCUGAAAUGCCAAGAGAAACUCUUCAUGCUGCUGAGACUGGGGAGCAUGGGACAUCUCUGGUGGGAAGCAUGCCAGGGUACUUGGCCAAGAACACCUGCAGCUCACAGGUAUGGUGCCAGUGCUUCAGAGCAUUCAUGUACCAAGAGGCAGCAGGACCUCGAGAGGUUUGCAGCCAGCUCCACAAUCUCUGCUGCCAGUGGCUGAAGCCAGAGAGACACACCAAGGCUGAGAUGCUGGACCUGGUGAUCCUGGAGCAGUUCCUGGCCAUCCUUCCCCCAGAAAUGGAGAGCUGGGUUCGAGAGUGUGGAGCGGAGACAACCUCCCAAGCAGUGGCCUUGGCAGAGGGCCUCUUCCUGAGCCUGGCAGAGGAGAAGAAGCCGGAAGUGGAGCAGUUGAAGACAGUGCCAGAUGAGAUGGACACUGUGGUCUCUGAGGCUGAGAUGUCUCCACUGGGCACAAGAAGCAAGGUAGACCUUGGGCAGAUCAUCCAGGAAAGUGAUGGAGGUGCCACUAUAGUUGGUGAUGGAUUGUACCUGAGGCCUCUUUCGGUGCCUUCUCCUGUAGCAGUGGGAAUGGAUCCAGUCCAGCUGGAUCAGAGUCUAGUGACUUUUGAAGAAGUGGUGGUGCAUUUCACAAAGGAAGAGUGGGCACUGCUGGAUCCAGGCCAGAAGGCACUGCACAAGGAAAUCAUGGAGGAGAACUAUGAGGUUGUGGCCUCUCUGGGUAAUGGAAGAAAAAGUGAUACAGAAGAUGAACCCCAGAGAAGAAAUCCUGAUGUAAAACAAAAGCAGAGAAAAAGCAUUGCUACUUCUCAAGGUGCCAUUUCCUGUGAAAUCCCAGAUUGUCACAUAGAGAAGGGACGGAAACUAUCUCUGCAGUGUACAAAAAACCUAACUUGGACAUUAAAUGCUAACAGACAUUCAAGAAUGAGUGAGACAAAGAUGAUGUUUAAAUGCUCAGAGUGUGGAAAGAACUUCAAGUGGAGGGUACAUCUGAGUCUUCAUCAAAGAACACACACAGGACAGAAACGUUUCCCAUGCCCCAAUUGUUGGAAAAGCUUCACUCAUUAUCGUAGCCUUACUGUCCAUCAAAGAACCCACAGCGGAGAGACACCAUAUAAUUGUUCAGUGUGUGGGAAAGGCUUCAUACAGAGCAGUAACUUUGCUGCCCAUCAAAGAACCCACACAGGAGAGAAACCCUACAAGUGUUUACAGUGUGGAAAGGCUUUUGGACGGAGCACCAGCCUUGCUGACCAUCGAAAAACACACAUAGGAGAAAAGCCACAUAAAUGCUCAGAUUGUGGAAAGGCUUUUAGACGGAGCAAUAACCUUGCUGUCCAUCAAAGAACCCACACAGGGGAGAAACCAUAUCAGUGCUCAGAGUGUGGAAAAAGAUUUGGACGAAGGGGUAACCUUGCUUCCCAUCAAAGGACCCAUACGGGAGAAAAACCAUAUCAAUGCCCAGAGUGCGGAAAGGCCUUUGGAAGGAGCAAUAGCCUUGCUUCUCAUCAAAGAACCCACACAGGAGAGAAACCGUAUGAAUGCUUAGAGUGUGGUAGGACCUUUAAACACAGCAGUACUUUUAAUAAUCAUAAAAGAACCCAUACAGGAGAGAAACCAUAUGAAUGCUUAGUGUGUGGCAAGACCUUCAAACACAGCAGUACUUUUAGUAAUCAUAAAAGAACUCACACAGGAGAAAAACCAUACGAAUGCUCAGAGUGUGGCAAGGCCUUCAAACACAGCAGUACUUUGAGUAAUCAUAAAAGAACCCAUACAGGAGAGAAACUUAAAUGCUUACAGUGUUGAAAGAACAUCAGACAGAGGAGUAAUGUUGCUUCUCAUCAAAGAACCCACACAGGAUAAAAGCCCUAUAAGUGCUUAGAAUGUCGAAAAGGUUUCAGAUGGAGGGGCAACCUUGCUUCCCACCAAAGAACCCAUAUAUAGGAGACAAAGACGAACCAUAUAAAUGCUUGCAAUGCAGACAAAAUUUUAAGUGGAUGAUACAUCUUAUUGUACAUCAGAUAACAUACACAAGAUGGAAAUGUGUCUCACACUCACAGUGUGGAAAGAACUUCUUUCAUCAAAUAAACCAUGAAGGAGAGAAAUGAUAUAAAUGCUUAGAUUUAUAUCGAAGUAAGAAAACAAAGAGAAGCCAUAUAAAUGUGCACAGUACAAGAAGGCAUUGAGACAGAUGGAUAGCAUUGCUUUUGUCAAAUACAGAGGAUAGAAAUCGUAUAAACAAAGUAUGAGUUCUUGCUCAUAGCUGGUAAAUCCAGGGAGGUGGGGGUGGCUUAACCUCAUCCCCCAACUCUUCUGGAAACAUAAUCCUUCCACAGUUAAGUAUAUUGAAAGGCUGACAUGAGAGAUGUAGGGGUGCAGCUGUAAGAUAGGACUGCCCCCUCCCUAUGUAGUUUCAUACUACAAUUUGCAUGACUAUGUUGCUGUUCACCACUAUUUUCACGUGUGUGUGUUUCAAUAAAAAAAUACAUACUUUUCCUUAAA